AUAGAGCGAGACAAGUAUAUAUCUUUUCUCAUUCCAGCUUGACGCACCGGUUCGCCAGUGCAGGAGCAGAAAACAGACUUAUCGAUUGAUCUAUGCGAUUACGUCGGGUGCACCGUACGCGCGCACGAUCCAGUGCGAACACGCCUGUCGGGACUGUCGGGAGAUCGAUUUCGGGGAUCCGUUUGUUGACUCGCGCACGAAACGUAGGUGCACGUCGCGCGGCAUGUUGGCCUUUUCUUGACAUUUUGAUAUCAUUUUGCUACCUGGGUUAUGUGACCCCACAGCAUGGCAGAGACGAGUAACAACGGCGGCGGUGCGUCGUGUCCUGGCGACGACGCGGUGGAAAAUGUGCUGAAUGAUUUUCCGAGUGAUUUGCGAGAGGUAGUGUCUGUCAAGACGCAAGACAGCAUUUUGCAAGAGGUGUCGGAACACAUCAGGUGUUCAAUAAACGAUCAGCCCGGGAUUCCAGAGGAUGACGUUGAACUGAACGCCAAGGGGAACGUCGAAGCUGCUGACAAACAGGAUCACAGGGCAGAGUUGCAAAAGCAGGUUGAGACUGGAGAGAUUACUCCGUUUGAAGCGGCAUUUAAACAGUCGGCUUUGGAGCAAAGGGAAAGGCCUGCCAAUAAAGGUUUUCAAUUGUUAGAUCUUGACAAGUACUUUAAGCAACAAGCUGCCCUGGCCGAACAAAAGAGGAAAUUAAAGAAAGCAUCCAAGACACCUUCUGACACAGAUAAUUCGCUAACAGUUAAAAAAGCAAAAUUGCUCAGUACUGAUGCAAGAACGAAUAAAAGGUGCCAAAAGUCCAGACAUGAGAACGGCAAAGAUAAGCAGCAGGACACUACUCUAAGUACAGAGGCAGGCUCCAACGUAGCAAAUGAAAAUGCCGACCGCAGUUCGGAAAGCGAAUAUAUUCCUAGUGACAACGAACUGGAUUCCGACGUGGAGGAUAAGGCGUCCAGAAAAAGAAAAACUUUAGUUAAGUCGGGACACACCCGUACAAAAAGAACUCGAGACGACGGAGAUAAUCGACUAUUCGAGCAGAGGAUGGAAACAAAUAUUUAUCCCAGAGACGAAGCAAUGCACAAAAUUGAUACUCUCUUUAAAGUGCCGCAAUGUAUCUGGGACAAAUUAUAUAGGUAUCAGAGGAUCGCCGUUCAAUGGCUUUGGGAAUUACACGGUCGUAGAUUAGGCGGCCUCUUGGGUGACGAGAUGGGAUUAGGCAAAACUGUGGAAGUCAUUGCAUUCCUCGCGGGUUUGGACUGUAGCGAAUUGCUUUCUCAUAACGGAAGAUACAGAGGAUUAGGCCCCACUCUGGUUGUAUGUCCUGCUACCUUAAUGGAGCAGUGGGUGAUGCACUUUCAUGAAUGGUGGCCUUUCUUCAGAGUUGUUGUGCUUCACCAUUCUGGCGGUUACAAUGGUGAUCCAGAGAGCUUAAUAGAAUCCUUACAAACUGGCGGAAUACUCGUUACCUCUUACAACGGAGUCCUCAGACACAAAGAUUUGCUUGUGUCUAGUCAGUGGCAUUACGUUAUUCUAGACGAAGGUCAUAAGAUUCGUAAUCCGCAAGCGAAGGUGAGUCGAGCGGUGAAGCGAUUCUCGACACCGCAUCGACUGCUGCUGAGCGGCAGUCCAAUGCAGAAUUCUUUGAAAGAACUGUGGUCCCUGUUCGAUUUCAUUCUGCCUGGCAAACUGGGUACACUGCCUAUAUUUCUGGAACAUUGCGCGGCACCCAUCACACGCGGCGGUUACGCAAACGCCACGCCGUUGCAGGAGGCAACGGCUCUUCAAAUAGCCACUAUGCUGAAGAACACCAUUACGCCGUACAUGCUUCGAAGAACGAAGACCGACGUGAAGCAUCAUCUCACCCUACCGGAAAAGAAUGAACAGGUGUUAUUCUGCAGUUUGACGGACGAGCAGAAGAAACUGUAUAAAAAGUACCUGAUCUCCGAUGAUGUGUCCUUUGUUCUUCACGAAAGAAAUAAUCACGAUGGGAAAUAUAGAGCCAGGUUUCUCAUUGCCUUGUCAGCAUUGAGAAAGAUAUGCAAUCACCCUGACUUGUUUUUGUACACCAGAGAACAAGACUCCGAUGAAGAUAUCGAUUUAUCCGAAGAACACCUGGAGAAGUUCGGUUAUUGGAAACGUGCUGGAAAAAUGACAGUGGUCCGAUCUCUUCUGAAAAUCUGGCAGAAGCAAGGACACAGAGUGUUGCUUUUUACUCAGGGAAGGCAGAUGAUGCACAUUUUGGAGUCCCUUUUGCUACGAGAGGAGUAUACUUACUUGAAAAUGGAUGGGACAACAGUAAUGUCUCAGCGGCAGCAAACGAUUCACAAAUUUAACAAUAACACGUCGUAUUUCGUGUUCCUGCUGACGACGCGCGUAGGAGGUCUGGGAGUAAAUCUGACCGGUGCGAAUCGAGUGAUUAUUUACGAUCCCGAUUGGAAUCCGGCCACGGACGCUCAAGCGAGAGAACGCGCGUGGAGAAUAGGCCAGAACAAACAAGUCACCAUCUAUAGAUUGAUUACCGCUGGUACGAUAGAGGAAAAGAUAUAUCACAGACAGAUUUUCAAGUUACUGCUUUCGAACAAAGUUCUUGACGAUCCACGCCAACGGCGUCUAUUCAAAACGACGGAUCUGGUGGAGCUAUUCAAUCUGAACGAACCGACAAACGGCGAGUUUUCCGAAUCGGAUCGCUUAUUUAAAGAAUCUAAAUUGACACCUGGACCCGUUGGCUUUUCCCUCAGCAAGAUCGAACAAAUGAAAAAGUUGGCGUCGAUACUCAGCAAGAAAAUAAGCGCCAGUAUGAAAUCGAAGCGCGACGAAAAUGAGAAUGCAAACGACAAUAUUCGCGAAGGAAAGCACGACGAACAAGAUGACAAUUCAAAACGCCACGAGGCUCCCGCUAUGGAUAAUAAUUUACUUGUGAGCCAAAACUUACCUUUUGAUCAGAACAAUAUACUCGAAUCUCCAAACAAACGUAAUGAAGAUAUCGAUAAUACGAAUUUCGAUGCAAACAUUGAAAGAAACUGCAAUAUGGAGAAUGAAAACACAUUCAAAAAGGACAAUUGUGAACAGGCUAUAACUCCGGUGAAGUCUCUAAAUAACAAUUCUGUGGAAAAAGAGAGUAAAUUUAAUUUCAGUGACGAUAAAGUCAAGUUAUCAUCUGGUCGUAAACGUAAGAGGCACAAAGAAGGUUCGCACUCGGACAAGGCAAGUGUUUCCGCGAUGUUCGAGGGAGAACGUGUCUCUUGUCUGAUAGGUCGUCGUCUGGGACGUUCCAAAGAAAAAGAAGAAUCAGUUUCGACCGCAGACGAUGACUAUGUCUUGAGGAAGCUAUUUGCCAAAUCAACUGUUAGUUCAGCCUUCCAACACGAAGCAGUAUUAUCGAAUGCAUGUCAUAAUAGCGACAGCGAGAACGCAAUGCAACGUUUCGCGCGUGAAUCAGCGCAAGAGAGCAUGGAUUUCAUUCAUCAGUCGGGAAAACAUUGUUGGAGACCAGCGUAGGAUAAACAGUUUGGAAAUUUUGUAUUAUUUAUUUUUUUUCUCUAUAUAAACUUUAUAUGUAAGAUUAUACCAUUUUUAUAUAACAAAUGAGAACGAUGAGCUGCGAUAGAAUCACAACUGCAAAACCUGAAAUAGAAAAGGUAUCUUUUUUCUUUGUUUAAUAACUUACCUCGUGUACGUUUGUUGCACACUUUAACAAGAUACGGCAUUUCGGCAGUAGCGAAGAAUUGAUUAAGUGAUAAGCUUGUUAUGCUACUAUGUUACAAAUGCAUCUGUUACUUAUGUAAACGCAUUUUAUUAGAGAAAUAUAUAAAUUAUAAAUCUUUUA